GGGCCUACGUGCGUGGCAGAUCACGCUGCACCAACAAAUAGCAGCUCUGGGCCUGUCGGCAUAUUUUUUUUUAGCUAACAACUUCCGACAGCUAGCAGAACGUUCAAAAAUUCAAUCAUAAUGUUACGUUCCUGUGUGUCGUUCCUUUCUUUUCCGAACGCUGAGCAAUGGCAGCCGAAAACGACACGCCUUCAAUGUACACUGUUGGCAUACUUACAGUCAGCGAUACUUCCUCAAUCGACGCAACAAAAGACAAAAGCGGCCCAUUAUUAGCCGAAUUGUUGACCGAAACACGUCAAUACAAUGUUCGACAAACAGCCAUUGUACCCGAUGAACCAACGCCCAUUAAGAAAACUGUCGAGCACUGGUGCGACACUAUGGGUGUUGACCUUGUCCUUAUCACUGGAGGUACUGGUUUCUCCCCGCGCGAUCAGACACCCGAGGCAGUUACACCAUUGUUGGAUCGGUUGACACCUGGAAUAACUCAUGUGUUACUGGCUAGUUCGGUGGCCGUCACACCUUUUGCUGCGCUUUCCCGACCGGUGACCGGGAUUCGUAAAAAAACGUUGGUCAUAUCAUUUCCGGGUAGUCCCAAAGCUUGCAAGGAAAACUUGAUGGCCAUAUUGAAUAUUUUGCCUCAUGGAAUGGAUUUGUUGAAGGAUCAACCACCGUCGUCAUCAAAAAAGCACUCCGGGCAUCAUCACGGCCAUCAUCAUCACCAUCAUAAAGGUCACGCUUGCGUACACCGUUCAGAUACACAUGGUCAACACGAGAGUCGAUCCGUAUCUCUUGAUGCUCCAGUAUCUCAACGUGCAAGAACUUCGCCUUAUCCCAUCAUUCCUGUGGAUGAAGCAGAAAAGCUGGUGGCAGAUAAUGCUCAUCUUACCGAUAUUGUAUCAGUCCGUGUUUCACAACAGCUUCUUGGUCACGUGUUAGCAGAGGAUGUCGAGGCUGUUGAAGCCGUUCCCGGUUAUCGCGCAUCAAUUGUGGAUGGUUAUGCAGUGCGUGCUUCACAAGGACCGGGCAUUUACACCGUUGGAUCCGUUUCGCUUGCAAGCGAUAAUGAUGACUCAUCAUCAUCAUCAUCAAGGAUACCCCACGAUCAUAUCGUUCGUAUUGCAACCGGAGGCAUGGUCCCAGCCGAGAUGGAUGCCGUGGUGAUGGUGGAAGACACAAGACUAGUAGAAGUGUCAGAAGACGGCAAAGAAGAGAAACGCGUCGAGAUUCUGGCCAAAUCAAUAACGAGUGGCGAAAAUAUCCGUGAAAUCGGAAGCGAUUGUGACAUUGGCACGGUGGUCGGGUACAAAGGCCAAAACAUCUCAUUAGUAGGUGGAGAACUCGGCGUGCUCGCCUCUGUUGGUAUUCGUCAAGUUCAAGUUUAUCGCAAGCCACGUGUGGGUGUGCUGUCUACUGGCAACGAGGUAGUGGACCAUGUCAGCACUGCCCAAUUGAAACAGGGUGAGAUCCGAGAUACGAAUCGAAUUACUUUGCUUGGUGCUAUCAAAACGGCAGGGUUUGAGGCCAUUGAUUUGGGGAUUAUCAAGGAUAAGGUUCAUGACAUUGAAUCAAGGCUACGAGAGGCCCUGGAACAAGUAGAUGUACUCAUUACCACUGGCGGUGUAUCGAUGGGCGAGGCAGACUUCAUGAAGCCUGUGUUGGAGCAGAAGAUUGGUGCCAAGAUCCAUUUUGGUCGAGUAAAGAUGAAGCCAGGAAAACCAACGACAUUUGCCACAAGAGACUCGGAUAACAAGCUCAUCUUUGCGUUGCCUGGUAAUCCUGCUUCAGCCAUAGUGACAUUCUACCUGUUUGUCCUUCCAGGGCUUAGAAAGAUGGCUGGAUACGCUCAGCAUGAAAACCCGGUCAUCCCAGUAGAGAUUACCGACGAUGUCUCCCUGGAUCCUCGGCCAGAAUACCACCGAGUACGAGUUUCCAUCGUGGGCAACAGGUUCAUUGCAGGAUCAACGGGUGGCCAGCGUAGUAGUCGGAUGCUCAGCUUGCGACAAGCGAAUGGACUCCUCAAGCUACCCGCAUGGACUGAAGGAAAACAGAAAUUAGCAAAGGGAGAAACCGUUCCAUGUGUAUUGAUUGGCCCAUUGAAUCCUUCCGCAUGAUUUUGAUUCAUCGAGAUUGUCCUUUGAUUUGACUCGGACAUCGUGGCGGAGUAAACAUACUUUUUUUUUUGUUAUCCC